UGUCAAAACUGAGCUUCACAAAAUGUUUGUUCUAACUACUUUGUUCGGCGAUGUAGAUUAACGGAAUGCUACCCACUGUUUUCAAGACGUUGUGGCUAAAAAAAAGGAGUUUAGGGUGUGGUUUUUUCCUCGACGUGAACAUGAGCAUAUAUGUGAAUAUGUGGCUAGGUCAUUGUACCUAACGCCGAGCAGUUUAAGGUAGAAUUUGCCAUGUUAUUUGGCACUCUAUCAACAGCUGCACGACCAAGUGUUGUAAUGGAGGACACCAAUCAAGAAAUUGAUGUGCUAGACGAUAAAGCAAAUUCCGUUUCAGAAUCCACCCGCGAUGAAAAAGACGCCAUAGUUCGAUUCAACAUCGGAGGCUGCAAGUUCCAGACUUUCGAAUCGACCCUCAAAAAGCGCGUCGACCCACGCCUCAAACUGUCCAACAAGGAGUUUCUGGAGCGCCACUACGUGGAGGAAAACAAGGAAUACUUCUUCGACAGAGAUCCCGAGAUGUUCCGCGUCAUCCUGAACCUGCUGAGGACCGGUCGACUACAUCUCCCGGCGAACGUGUGUGGGCCGGUGGUCAAGGAGGAGCUUGAUUUCUGGGGGAUCCACCAGGUGGAUAUCGAGGCGUGCUGCUGGUCGCACUUCAACGCCUGGAGCUCCACCAUCAAGGCCCUAGACCAGAUGGAGAACGACCGACGCUCUCACGCCGACUCACUCAGCUGCGAGGGCAAGACGGGCAUCCAGAAGAUCAGACACGUCAGCUGGCUUCUGCUCACCAAGCACACGUCGUCGACGGCGUCACAGGUAUACGGGUGGAUUUCCCUCGUGUUCGUCAUGGUGGCCAUCUUCUCCUUCUGCGCAGCCACACACACGUUCUUCCGGGUUCCCGUCCCUCAGUCAGUCGUCAUCAACAGCACCGUGGUUAACGGCAGCAACCUGACCGACUCCGACGACAACAACAACAACACGACGACGACGACGACAUUUGAAGAGAUCACGGUGGAGGGCAACUCGACGUUGACAAAGCCGCACGAAGCGCUGGUGGUGGUCGACAUCGUGUGUCUAGUCUUCUUCAGCGUGGAGUACCUCCUGAGAAUGCUGUGCGCGCCCAGACUGUUCCGGUUCCUCCGAUCACCUCUCUCCAUCGUCGAUCUCCUGGCCAUCCUUCCGGACUACGUGGAGCUGAUCGCCAAAGCCAUCGAUCCAUCCUCCGUGGAGGCCGGCUCGUUCGUGGACUUCAUGCCCUUGCUGAGGCUGAUGCGGGCGUUCCGGAUCUUCCGUCUGAUCCGACACAUCUCUGGCCUGUGGAUCCUCUUCUACACCCUGAAGGCGAGCCGCAAGGAGCUGUUCAUGAUGCUGGUCUUCCUGCUGGUCGGGAUGCUGCUGUGCGCCUCGCUCAUGUACUACGUGGACGACAAGGAGACCUUCACCAGCAUCCCGCACUCCUUCUGGUGGGCCAUCGUCACCAUGACGACCGUCGGCUACGGCGACAUGUACCCGACGCGACCGUUCGGUUACCUGGUUGGAUCGUGCACGGCUGUGUUCGGCGUUCUCAUGCUCGGCUUCACGAUCCCGGCCCUCGUCAACAACUUCGCCGUGUACUACCAGCAUCUAGAGUUCGCGCAGGAGAAGGAGAGGAUCAUAAACGAACGGCUGGCCGAGGCAAAACUCAAAGUUUCCGAAACCAAACCAAAACCGCCCAAUGGAAACCUGUCAGCAGACUCCGUCGAACAUCUACCGCUGGCCUCGUCACAAAACGGGGAGAGAGGUCUUGGGAAAAGUAGUGUUUUAAAUGCAAUACUACCAGGAGCGGACUACGACACAAAACAAGGCAAGGUGAAGGUCAACUUGGCCAUCUCCAAAGAGGUCGUCUGCUUCAACAUCGGCGGGACGAGGUUUGAGACGUACCGCAACACUCUUCACCGCUUACCCAACAGUCCUCUGGCGAACGAGGAGUUCCUGCAGAAACACUACCGAGAGAACCACAAGGAAUAUUUCUUUGACAGAGACCCGGAUGUGUUCAAGGCCAUCAUGAACUACCUGAGGACUGGAGAGCUGCAUCUUCCGUCCUGGGUGUGUGGGGCAGCGGUGACCCACGAGCUGCAGUACUGGGGAGUCCAAGAGGACGAGAUCGAAGCCUGCUGCUGGAAUAACUACACGUCAUGGAACUCUACCCUCGAGGCUCUCAGGGAGCUGGAUAGACACCGCAGAGUGACCUAUGUCAGCCAUGGUGGCAACAGAGGAGCCUGGCCCGUAUUUCAGGCGAAGGUCUGGAAGAUGUUGACCCUUCCACGGUCAUCACUGGCAGCUAAGGUCUAUGGAAUCAUCUCCUUCAUGUUUGUCUGCCUCUCCUUGUUCUCAUUCUACGCUGGGACGCACGAGGCGUUCCAGGUCUCCUCGGAGACGUCCAUCCAAGGAAACGUCUCACACCCAGCAACCAACAAAUCGGGUGAUGAUCCGCAGACGGAGAUACACCCAUCCUUGUUCGUCAUCGAUCUGGUUUGCCUCGUGUACUUCAUGGCCGAGCUCAGCUGCCGGUUCUUGUUCUCGCCGGACAAAAAGAAGUUCUGGAAGAUGCCCCAGACUGCACAGGACGUGAUUGCGCUGAUUGCGGACCUCAUUGAAGCGAUUUAUCGUCUGUCUCUGGGCGUCCACAAUGCGUCAAACAUCAACGAGCUGGUCAUGCUGCUGAAAGUAGUGCGCAUCCUCAGAUUCUUCCGCCUCAUGAAUUACGUCACGGGACUAUGGAUUCUCUUCUACACGCUGAAGUCGAGCAUCAAGGAGCUGCUGUUGAUGAUGUUGUUCCUCUUCGUGGGCACGAUGGUGUUCGCGUCUCUCAUCUACUUCGCCGAAGACAGGAAGGUAUUCUCCAGCAUUCCGCUGAGCUUCUGGUGGGCGCUUAUCACCAUGACGACCGUGGGGUACGGGGACAUGUAUCCCGUUACGAAGUGGGGCUACGUGAUUGGCUCCGUUGCUGCUAUUUCCGGCCUGAUUAUGAUUGGCUUCACUGUUCCCGUUUUGGUUAACAACUUUCUUUUAUACUAUACCCACACGACCUCGACACUGGAUCGUGAGGAGAAACGAAGAAACAAAAGGAACAGACCGGACAAAACGACGGCUAAGACUGCACUCGCUGACAUUAAAUUUUGGCGGAGAAAAAUACACAUAAAACAACAUUGCAACGUAGUUAUUUUCGGACAUUUUCUAGAAAACAAUAUGCCAAGAGACAGCGAAGGUAGAGGUCUUGGGAAGCAGAGUAUCCUGAGUGCCAUACUACCGGGCGCCCAGUACGACGAGAAACACGGAAAGGUGACUCUCCACUUGGCUAUCUCUAACGAAGUCGUCUGCUUCAACAUCGGCGGGACGAGGUUUGAGACGUACCGCAACACUCUUCACCGCUUACCCAACAGUCCUCUGGCGAACGAGGAGCUCCUGCAGAAACACUACCGAGAGAACCACAAGGACUACUUCUUCGACAGAGACCCGGAUGUUUUCAAGGCCAUCAUGAACUACCUGAGGACUGGAGAGCUGCAUCUGCCGUCCUGGGCGUGUGGGGCAGCGGUGAAAAGCGAGCUGGAAUUCUGGGGAGUGGAAGAGGACGAGAUCGAAGCCUGCUGUUGGAAUAACUAUUCUUCGUGGAAUUCUACCCUUGAAGCUCUCAGAGAACUGGAAAAGAAUCUAAAAGCGGCUGCUGGUGAUUUCAGCCAUGUUGGUGAAAAAAGAGAAGGGAAAUGGCCAGCGUUUCAAACAAAGGUUUGGAAAAUGUUCAACAGUCCGAAGUCAUCACUGGCAGCUAAGGUAUACGGAGUUAUAUCCUUCACGUUUGUCGGUCUGUCUAUAUUCUCCUUUUGUGCUGAGACCCACGAAGCAUUCCAUGUUUCUACAGGCAACUUCUCCGAGGAAAAUCAGCCACCAACCCAGAUACACCCAUCUUUAUUAAUUAUUGACUUGAUUUGCCUCGUGUUUUUCCUCGUCGAAUUCAUCUGCAGAUUUAUAUUCUCGCCCAACAAGAUCAAGUUUUGGAAAAUGUCUCGGACCAUACAGGAUGUGAUCGCUUUGAUUCCAGACCUCACUGAAGUGAUCUACCGGUUGGCUCUGGCUCACAACAACCUACAGAACAUCAACAAGAUCGUCAAACUUAUCAGAGUGGUGCGUAUUCUGAGGUUCUUCCGCCUCAUGAACUACGUCACGGGACUGUGGAUUCUCUUCUACACGCUGAAGGCGAGCAUCAAGGAGCUGCUGUUGAUGAUGUUGUUCCUCUUCGUGGGCACGAUGGUGUUCGCGUCUCUCAUCUACUUCGCCGAAGACAGGAAGGUAUUCUCCAGCAUUCCGCAGAGCUUCUGGUGGGCGCUUAUCACCAUGACGACAGUGGGGUACGGAGACAUGUAUCCCGUUACGAAGUGGGGCUACGUGAUUGGUUCCAUUACUGCCGUUUCCGGCCUGAUUAUGAUUGGCUUCACUGUUCCGGUUUUGGUUAAUAAUUUUGUUUUAUAUUACAGCCACACGUCGUCGUCACUUGUGCGAGAGGAUAAUCGAAAGAAUAAAAAGAAACUGGUGGAGAAACAUUUAGGAAAGUCUUCUUUACGUCAUGAACCGGAGUGUCUUUUGUUAGGGCAGAUAUCACGUAAUUCCAUUGACGUACGCUUAUAAAAACACCAUUUUAUGGCAGAUAGAGUGGUGAAAUAUGGAAACAUGUGUUGAUAGACUAAAGUAACAAAACAAUAGUUAUUACACGACAAUGGAAUAUUCUCGAUUUUCAAUCGUGAGAAACCUUGUUAAAUAGUGCAAAAUAUUACGCCGUGGUAAUUAUGUUGUUUGGCUUUAAUACCAUAUCGCUAUUAAUGAAGACGUACACGCUAUUAUAAUAAAAAUAAUGAUACAAUCACAGCUAUAUGUAUUCCAACGAGCAAUGCCAUUUGCUAGUUUCGAUUUAGUAAACUGGUCUGAGAGUGGCAGUCCUCUUUGUGUCGGUGCAGGAAGUGUAUAUUGUCUAGUAAAGGAUCUCAUCGUGAGUGGGUGUCCUCCUAUAGAUGAGGUACUAAACAGAGAUUCAUGGAAUAAAACUCAAUUUUGCCAAAUGCCAUUUCCACUCUGCAUUGUGUAGUGUAGAGAUACGGUUCUGAUAGCGGAUAACGGGUUUAACGUUGAGAUUUCAAAUAAUCUGAUAUUAUGGUAGGCGCUUAAACAUGUACACCAUUUACAAAAACCAAAACAAAACAACAACAAAAGAAACGGAACGAAAAGAUUUUACCAAGUUCCAUAAAUCACUAUCAUGCGUUUGCUUCCUUUGAAAACAGUCGGCAAGAAUAUAUGUUACACCCACUACCACUCGCAAGAUUAGAAGGGGCUGGAGGUGACUUGUAAAGCGAUUGCCUGAGGUGCAAUGGGUCACAAGAUCGAUCGUGCUCAAUGGACUCGUUUUUUUCAAUGCCAUUGUCCCACGCCUGGUAAACUAAGUACCAGUGGGGAAGACCCAAAGCUGCUUUAUCGGUCAGGAUAGUAGCCUAUGUGGCCAUAGUGAGGUUUCCUCUCUAUCGAUCAAAUCGUGAAAUAACCGUCGGUUAAACACGAACGAGUUUUUUGUAUUGACCAGAUAUUGAAAUAACCGCAUCUAAGACAUCAACUAAUCGUAGUUUACUAUGUGCCCAGGUGUCGUUAAAUAUAUGACCCUGUCCUUCGUCCCCAAGAACAGCCAGACCAAUCAGAAUGAAAGGGCCACAUUUUGAGUUCAAUGGACAUUACAACAAUCGUGAUGACAUGCAAUCACUGUUGACGGAUUAGUAAUAGCAGAUGUCCAAGAAAUGCUGGGCUCACCCUAUCCAUGGUCACAUCAGCCAGUUGCUAAUAUUUAUACAAAGUGUCUACAUCUUUUAGUCUUUGGCUAAUAAAAUAUUCCUUAAAUUGA